CUGGUGGAUCUAGUUACAAAAUCUCAAAAUCCUGUAGUAUCUAGUUACCAAAAAUAUCGUGUUCAUUUUUGUGAUCUGUUAUUUAGUAAUUAAUGAUAAACUUUUCCAAGCUCCUCUUUUGGUAAUGUCCAUAAACCACUGUCUUCAUCUUGUCUAAAAUAUUCAUCAAAAUGCCUCUCUUCGGUAAAAAAGACUCUGCCAAAAAAUCCAAAACGGAUUCCUUCACCUCCUGCAUCGGUCAUCAAGGCAACAUCGAGGAUAAAUAUAUUUUGAAGGAGCAAUUAGGAACUGGUGCGUUCUCCGAAGUUCGUUUAGCAGAAAGUAAAGAGAAUGGCAAGAUGUUUGCUGUCAAAAUUAUUGAUAAAAAGGCAGUCAAGGGUAAAGAAGAUUCGUUUGAGAAUGAAAUCAAGGUUUUGAAGAGGUUUUCUGAACGCAAGGAUGAGAAAGGACCUUUCCUGACGCAUCCGAAUAUUGUGCAGCUCUUGGAAACCUUCGAGGACAAAAACAAGGUGUAUUUGGUUAUGGAAUUGGUGACUGGUGGUGAACUUUUUGACAGAAUUGUAGAACGUGGCUCGUACACCGAAAAGGAUGCAUCAGGUUUGAUCAGACAGGUUUUGGAAGCUGUAGACUAUAUGCACGAACGUGGUGUUGUCCAUAGAGACUUAAAACCUGAAAACUUGCUGUAUUAUAGUCCUGCUGAAGAUAGCAAGAUCAUGAUCAGUGAUUUUGGUUUGUCCAAAAUGGAAGAUUCAGGUAUCAUGGCUACAGCUUGUGGUACACCAGGCUACGUUGCUCCUGAAGUUUUAGCACAAAAACCUUAUGGUAAAGCUGUUGAUGUCUGGUCUAUAGGAGUCAUCUCCUAUAUCCUCCUGUGCGGUUACCCACCAUUCUACGAUGAAAACGAUGCCCAUCUGUUCGCCCAAAUCCUGAAAGGAGAAUUCGAGUUCGACUCGCCUUACUGGGACGACAUCUCAGACUCGGCCAAGGACUUCAUACGUUGUCUAAUGUGCGUGGAUGUGGAUAAAAGAUACACCUGCAAGCAGGCUUUGGCACAUCCCUGGAUUUGUGGUGAUGCUGCUCACGAUAAGAACAUCCACGGUACUGUUUCGGAGCAACUGAGGAAGAACUUCGCGAAAUUGAGGUGGAGACAGGCCUACCAUGCCACGGCAGUCAUCAGGCAGAUGCAGAAGAUGGCUUUAAGUUCCAGGUCACCAAGGAUUUCGGAACAUGGGUCUCAGGUUGGGUCACAGGGAGGGUCGUCGAAUGACCUGAAUGGAGGAUCAUCAAGGCAACAGUGAGGAGGAAAAGAUAGAGUGGUAGAUAAUUAUCAUCUCGAAUAGUUGAUGAUUAGAUUUUUAAGUUGGCUCGAAAUAUUUAUCACUUAAGUUGUUUUGGAUAAAGUUUUUGGCAGGUCCUGUUUUUGAGGAAAAAAUUUAUACUGUUUUGCUUUCAAAUAUUUAACUAAAAUUUUUUUAUAAUUAUAUUUUUUGGAGUUUUUGUCUCGAGUGGGAAUAAAUAUUAAUUUCUGGUAUAAUUUUUGGAUGACCAAUACUAGCCCGAUGUAUUAUUUAUAGGCGGUGCAUUUAUUCAUAAAGUCUCCUGUAACUUUUAAACCAUUCGAUUAAUAUGAAUGAUGCUUUCGGCGAAUUUUUACAAAAUUAAACAACCUACAAUAUUAUCUAACACCACAAUGCCCUACAACAACUCAUUAUACUCCUGAAUUGCCACAAAAAUAUAUAUCCUUGGACUAGUACUGGUCUAUCCUUUACCAUUAGGUUUAGGCCACAUGGCCAGUCUUAGAUAAUAAGUCUUAAAAAAGUCAAGAGUUGUGCUUACUAGCUUUUAAGAAAUUUAAUAUUAUUAAUAUAAGAUAAUGGAAUGAUUUUAAAUCAGAUUCA